AUGCACCGCGCGCCCCGGACCGAUCGCGGCGCCGUCCCGCCGCCGGCGUCCGCGACGGCGACGGCCGCGACGCUCGCGGAGCGCGCGGCGAUCGCGGCGCGCGACUACCCCGCGUUCGCGGCGCUCCGCGCGUCGAGCGUCGACGAAGUAAGAGGCGUCCUCGCGGAAGAAGGGCGGCAGUUCCUCGAGACGCUCGCGUCACGGCGCACGCUGUGCGACGCCGUCGCGCAGCUCCGAGGGAUCCUCGUCGAGGGGAUCGUGAAGAACCAGCUCAUCUUUGGCCUGGACUGCACGACGACGUCGCUCGCGUGCCGCUACCUCGACAGGUUCUUGGGCGCGAAUCGCUUCGACGUCCACCUCAGCGACGGCUGGAUCUUCCACCUCGUCGCCAACGCGUGCGUCACCGUAGCCGUCAAGUUCAGCGAGAGCACGAGGUACGACGCGGACGUGAUGCAGAGACACGUGGACAUCGCGUUCGACCGCGCGUGCGUCCUGAAGAUGGAGUCUCUGGUGCUCAGAGAGCUCGGAUGGAAGCUCAACGACGUCGUCCCGUGCGCGUACGUCCCUCGCUUUCUCACGAUCCUGGGCUACCGCCCGGGCGCGAGCGACGGCGACCACCUCCGGCUGUGCUCCAGGCGCGUCCUAUUCUCACACUGGUUCCCAUACGACCGCGUUCGCGUUGUGAACUUCAUUCCUUAA